GGUCGGGAAGAAUCAAGACAAUUCUGUGACUUCAAACUUGUAAGGUUUUAGUUUUUGUUGUUAGACUAAAAGUUAAGCGCCUAGUUGGUUUCUUAUGUUUGAUUACAUUUAACUUUUUCACUUACUGGCUUUGCUUUUGGUCGUUUUAUUUAUUUAUUUUUUAUUGUAAUACAAUGAACGUCCAUCAACCGGAUAAACUGCCUUUUGAAGUUCAAAGGAAUUUGCUGGAGGCUUUGAUGAAGAAUAGGAAAUCUUUUGACUAUUGGUCCGAGAGGAAGAACAGUUAUGAAGAACUGAAGAAAAGCCUAAAAAUAUACUUGGGAAAACUCAGGCACCAAAUUUACGCCCCUAUAGGCAAAAGAGCUUUUAUGAAGGGCACUGUAGUGCAUACGAAUGAUGUCACAGUAGCUGUGGGCGAUGGAUACUUCUUCAAAGUCUCUUCUGCCAGUGCAUCUGAAAUAUGCGAAAGGCGUCUUAAAGAAAUCGACGAAAUGCUUGAUAAAAUCAAGAAGGAGCGAGAGCUCCUAGAGAACAACCUCAAUGUGCCGAAGAAACUCGAAGCUUUUGGUAAUGAAGAGAGACAGGAAAUCAUCGAGCCGUAUGAUGAAGAAAGUGAAAAGUCAUGGCGUGAAAAACACAAGGAAAGUGUGCGAGCGCAUAAGCAGAAACUUGCUGAGCUUCGAAAUAAGAUCAAAGAGAGCAAAGGAAAUACCGAGGAGGAUAUCAUGAAACAUCUAGACCUUCUUGAAAUGCAGGAAGAACUCGAAGAAGAAAUCGACAGGCUAGGAGGAGAAUCAGAUAGCGAUGAUUAUGAUGAUGAUGAUGAUUCCAUAGAAGAAGAUGUAGAAAAUGAAAUUCAAAGCGAUAUACCUGAUAAACCUGUUAAAACUGAAAGACGUGUUACAUUUGAUUUAUCAGAUCGCUUCCAAGAUAUUAGCCUAGAUAACAAGGAUAGCAAAAAUCUUACUGCGAUCGGUGAUUCAAUUGAAGAAACAUUAAUCAGUAAACGAGCAAUUGAACAGAAGGAAACUAGACCGAUCAGCAAAUUCCGAGCGAGAAAAUUGAAAAACUAGAUCUGUUUUCUUGAGUGACAGCUUUUAACGGAUCAUCUGGGAAUCUUUUUCCUCCAGUCCAUCUUCCCAGAUGAUCCAAUAAAGUCUGAGUAAUUAAACGUCGAGGGUUGAUAAAAAAAAAAGACAUAUUUUUCUUGAAUGUUCGAUCAAAGUGACAUGGAAUCAAUUUGAAUAAAAUGAUAGGUAUUCAUUAAUAGUGAAACAUCGUACUGUGGCCUGAUGAUUGGAGACGAUCAUCCUACAUAUUUUUAUAAGUUGAAUUUAUAGACUUGUACUGCCAAUGUACUUCUGUAAACUAUGAUAAAUUCAAUUUGUAUUCAAUUUUAUAUGCAAAAUGUGUCUGGCAUUGUAAUAUUAAAAAAAAAAAAUUCAAUAUAGAAAUAUAAGUGAAUCGACUGUUUGCUCAGUAAAAUAUGAAUUUUAACAAUAAUAAAAUUGUGAUUAUUUUGUAUAGUCAAUUACUAAAUAGAUCAAAGUUAACCAUUAUCAAGAAUUAACAUGUACACUAACUUUGUAAACCUCAUUCUGGUAACUUGUGGAAAUAAAAACAACCAAAUGAAAUGGCA